AUGGAGAUUGACAGGGUGACUUUCCACUGGCAACAGUCCCCCUGGAGUGCUUGGGUGAAGGACCAAGAAUAUUACUCCUUUUCUCAUGGAGAAGAGAACGUACGUGGUCACCCUCAACGUGCCUUUGAGCCUCCUUCAAGUCCAGUUUCUCACCACUGCCUAGAAAAAGAUCUAAUUCACAGGACUGAUGUGUCCUUCCGGAACGUCUUCCUUUUGGAGGCAGUGCGAGAAAAUUUUUUUCCCUUCCUACAGCUUCCUUGGGCAAGAUGUGAGGAGAACUGUGUCAGCCCUGAACAUUGCCUGACCACAGAUUGGGUACAUCUCUGGUAUAUAUGGUUGCUGGUGGCCAUCGGGGCGCUGCUUCUCCUGUGUGGCCUGACUUCUGUGUGCUUCCGCUGUUGUCUGGCUCACCAGCAAAACGGGGAAGAUGAGGGCCGGCCACCCUAUGAAGUGACGGUCAUCGCUUUUGACCAGGACAGCACUCUCCAGAGCACGAUCACUUCCCUGCAGUCAGUGUUCGGCCCUGCGGCUCGAAGAAUCCUGGCCGUGGCUCACUCCCCCAGCCCCCUGAGCCAGCUGCCGUCCUCCCUGGACACCCUCCCAGGGUAUGAAGAAGCUCUUCACAUGACUCGCUUCACUGUUUCCAGGUGUGGCCAGAAAGCACCUGAUCUGGCCCCAGUGCCAGAAGAAAAGCAGCUGCCCCCAAUGGCAAAGGAGUCUCCUCGAAUAGAGCACCGUUCUACUUGAUGGGAACACUCUGGUUUGAUCAAUGGGUUGGGGGUUUCCCCAGAGCUGGUAGAGAUUCACAGACCAAUGGAACAUUUUUUUUCCCCCCCUAACUUUCAGAAGGCUUAGGAUGGCCAUCUAAACGACAUUCAGGGGCAAAGAUGGAUUCCAACCCAGACACAUAUAUUUUCUGCUGUGGCAUGCUCUAGUCGAGAACUCUUCUUUAUCCAGUGGUCACAAUUCGCAAUUAACCUGUAGCAAUGCUGAUUACUACUGAAAAGGAAAACAUCAAAGGUGUCUUGGAUUCCUUCAGCUAUUGAGUUCCUUUCCCCAUACGAUGCUGCGAGUUGCUGGUUGCUCUACCAGCGAAUAGAUUAUGUGCACUUGUGGAAAAAGACCAGCCUGCAGGCAGAGCCAGAGACAUUCAUGCACUGAAUUCAUACAUGCUUCCUCUCGAGAAAGCGCUCGCUUUUAUGCUAAAUGACAAUGAUCAUUUUGUACGUCAUGUAAUGCCUCACUGGACACCCAGACUCCAGGGGUGGGAUUGCAGGCCUGGGCUUAGAGGACACAGCAGAGUACUGAAGCGCCAAGUAUCAAGGUCUUUCACUCUGGUUCUACCCACCAGCAGUAGGGGAAACUGCAUAGAAUGCAGUAACCGUUCUAUUCAUUUUUUAGUUCCUCUGCCCUGCAAACAUACGCGCACACACAGAGGCACGCAAGCAUAUACACACGCACGCUUUUCUAACUCUGAAAGAAUAGUGCCGCUUCGCUUCUUCCCUCUUUCCUGCUUUGACCAAACGUCUACAGUAGUGACAAACACUUGCUUCUAGUGGUGGCCUUCUCUGCCACCUAGUGGAGCCAUGGUAGAAAUGCAUUCUCCUGUGGCAGCCCAUCUGCGUACCUCUCUGGUUUUUGGAGCGCUAACUGGGUGGGAAACUUCCCAGGGCACGAUCAUACUGUGUAGUGCUAAGCUGUCCGCAUAACAUACUACCUCCAAAAUGUACUGUUAUUGGAAAAUGUAGGAAGUGAAGUGUAUUGGGGGAAAGACUGCUCGCCAGUGACCUUAGAAAAGUCAUUGAACUCUCUCAGGCACAGUUUUCUCAUCCAUAAAUUAGGAGAUAUAACACGUCCAAGGAUUGAUGUGAAGAUCAAAUAAGCUAUCUGUAAAUGACAAGAUUUUGUAAAUUAGUAUGCACAUGUAUUUGUUACUCUUACUCUUGACAACUCAUUUUCACCGGCCUGCUAUGACUCUACUGAAAAUUAUGUUCUGACAUGUCCUUUAGCCAGCCAGCCUGCUGUGUUAUUGCCAGGUCACACCUGAUGUAGCUUUAUUUCAUCAAUAAAUAUUUGUUGAUUGAGGUAAACAGCUGAA